AGAUCAUCCUUGAGUGAAUUUUGACAGAAGAUGUUACAACAGUUGUGUCUCUGGAAAUGUUUAGCUUCGGGGAUCAUUCUUGGCUGUCUCAUCGUAGCCUGCGUGGGCCAGCAUGAUGAUGGUACAAUUCUGGUGGACAACAUGCUGAUCAAAGGGACUGCUGGAGGACCAGACCCCACCAUAGAGCUCUCUUUAAAGGACAACGUGGAUUAUUGGGUGUUGUUGGAUCCUGUUAAACAAAUGCUUUUCCUGAACAGCACAGGCAGAGUCCUGGAUAGAGACCCGCCAGUGAACAUACACUCCAUUGUAGUGCAAGUACAAUGCAUCAAUAAAAAGGUGGGCACGGUAAUCUACCAUGAAGUACGAAUUGUGGUGAGAGACCGAAAUGACAAUUCACCCACGUUCAAGCAUGAAAGCUACUAUGCCACAGUAAAUGAGCUUACCCCAGUUGGAACCACAAUAUUUACAGGAUUUUCAGGAGACAAUGGAGCUACUGACAUAGAUGAUGGUCCAAAUGGACAGAUAGAAUAUGUUAUUCAAUAUAAUCCAGAUGAUCCGACAUCUAAUGACACCUUUGAGAUUCCCCUCAUGUUGACUGGAAAUGUAGUUUUAAGAAAGAGGCUCAACUAUGAAGAUAAGACUCGCUACUUUGUCAUUGUCCAAGCCAAUGACCGUGCACAAAAUCUGAAUGAACGCCGAACCACCACAACCACCCUCACUGUGGAUGUAUUGGAUGGGGAUGACUUGGGUCCCAUGUUUCUUCCCUGCGUCCUUGUGCCAAACACUCGAGACUGUCGUCCUCUCACCUAUCAAGCUGUCAUUCCCGAGUUAAGAACCCCGGAAGAAUUGAAUCCCAUCAUUGUUACCCCACCUAUCCAAGCUGUUGAUCAAGACCGGAAUAUUCAACCACCAUCAGAUAGACCAGGCAUCCUGUAUUCCAUCCUUGUUGGGACUCCUGAGGAUUACCCACGAUUUUUCCAUAUGCAUCCCAGGACGGCAGAACUCAGUCUCCUGGAGCCAGUCAACAGAGACCUUCAUCAGAAAUUUGAUUUAGUUAUUAAGGCUGAACAGGAUAAUGGCCAUCCCCUUCCUGCAUUUGCCAGUCUGCAUAUUGAAAUAUUGGAUGAAAACAAUCAGAGUCCAUACUUCACAAUGCCCAGCUAUCAAGGUUAUAUCCUGGAGUCUGCCCCCGUGGGAGCAACCAUUUCUGACAAUCUAAAUUUGACCACUCCUCUAAGAAUUAUAGCUCUGGACAAGGACAUAGAAGAUACGAAAGACCCAGAGCUUCACCUUUUUCUAAAUGAUUACACCUCAGUGUUCACCAUAACACAGACUGGAAUUAUUCGCUACCUCACUUUACUUCAGCCAGUGGACAGGGAAGAACAGCAAACCUACACCUUUUCGAUAACAGCUUUCGAUGGUGUGCAAGAAAGUGCUCCGGUUGUUGUCAACAUUCGAGUGAUGGAUGCAAAUGAUAACACUCCCACCUUCCCUGAGAUAUCUUAUGAUGUCUACGUUUACACAGACAUGAGCCCUGGGGACAGUGUCAUACAGCUCACUGCAGUGGACGCAGACGAAGGGUCAAAUGGGGAGAUCACAUAUGAAAUCCUGGCUGGGGCUCAGGGAGACUUCGUCAUCAAUAAAACAACAGGGCUUAUCACCAUCGCUCCGGGGGUGGAAUUGAUAGUCGGGCGGACUUACGCGCUUACUGUCCAAGCAGCGGACAAUGCUCCUCCAGCAGAGAGAAGGCAUUCCAUCUGCACUGUGUACAUUGAAGUGCUUCCUCCAAAUAAUCAAAGUCCUCCUCGCUUCCCACAGCUGAUGUAUAGCCUUGAAGUUAGUGAAGCCAUGAGGAUUGGUGCUGUCUUACUAAACCUACAGGCAACUGACCGAGAAGGAGACGCAAUAACAUAUGCCAUUGAGAAUGGAGAUCCUCAACGAGUUUUCAAUCUUUCAGAAACGACUGGGAUUCUAUCAUUAGGCAAGGCACUGGACAGGGAGAGCACAGAUCGCUACAUCCUGAUUGUCACAGCUUCAGAUGGCAGGCCAGAUGGGACCUCCACUGCCACAGUCAACGUGGUGGUGACCGACGUCAAUGAUAACGCCCCAGUGUUUGAUCCCUACCUGCCUAGAAACCUGUCUGUGGUAGAGGAAGAAGCCAAUGCCUUUGUGGGCCAAGUACGGGCCACAGACCCUGAUGCUGGAGUAAAUGGACAAGUACACUACAGUUUGGGCAAUUUCAAUAAUCUUUUUCGCAUCACAUCAAAUGGAAGUAUUUACACGGCUGUAAAGCUAAACAGAGAAGUCAGGGAUUACUAUGAACUGAUUGUUGUGGCAUCUGAUGGAGCAGAACACCCACGUCAUUCAACUCUGACCUUGGCCAUCAAGGUCUUGGAUAUUGAUGAUAACAGUCCUGUAUUUACCAAUUCUACAUAUACUGUUGUUGUGGAAGAGAAUCUGCCAGCUGGGACCACCUUCCUUAAAAUUGAGGCCAAAGAUGCUGACCUUGGGGCAAAUGUGUCUUAUCGGAUAAGAAGCCCAGAAGUGAAGCACUUUUUUGCACUGCAUCCAUUCACAGGAGAGCUGUCCCUUCUACGGAGUUUGGAUUAUGAAGCAUUUCCAGAUGAAGAAGCAACUAUUACUUUUCUUGUGGAAGCUUUUGAUAUUUACGGGACAAUGCCACCGGGCAUCGCAACCGUCACAGUGAUAGUAAAGGACAUGAAUGAUUAUCCUCCUGUGUUCAGCAAGCGGGUCUAUAAAGGCAUGGUGGCUCCGGAUGCGGUCAAGGGAACCCCCAUCACAACAGUGUAUGCUGAGGACGCAGACCCUCCUGGAUUACCUGCAAGUCGAGUGAGGUACAGAGUCGAUGACAUCCAGUCUCCUUAUCCUGCCAGUAUUUUUGAUGUAGAAGAAGAAACUGGAAGAGUGAUAACUCGGGUCAAUCUGAAUGAGGAACCUACCACAAUUUUUAAGUUGGUGGUCAUUGCAUUUGAUGAUGGUGAGCCCGUGAUGUCCAGCAGCGCCACAGUGAAAAUUCUUGUUUUACACCCUGGAGAAAUUCCACGCUUCACACAGGAGGAAUAUAGGCCUCCCCCAGUGAGUGAGCUUGCAGCCCGAGGGACUGUGGUCGGGGUGGUUGCUGCUGCAGCCGUCAAUCAAAGCAUCGUGUACUCCAUCGUUGCAGGGAAUGAGGAAGACAAAUUCGGGAUUAAUAACAUCACAGGGGUUAUCUAUGUGAACGGCCCUUUGGAUUAUGAGACGAGAGCAAGCUACGUCCUUCGCGUGCAAGCUGAUUCUCUGGAAGUGGUCCUCGCCAAUCUCAGAGUUCCUUCGAAAAGCAAUACAGCGAAAGUGUACAUUGAGAUUCAGGAUGAAAAUGAUCAUCCUCCAGUGUUUCAGAAAAGAUUCUACAUUGGCGGUGUAUCUGAGGAUGCAAGGAUGUUUGCUUCUGUGCUCAGAGUGAAGGCUACUGAUAGAGAUACUGGCAAUUAUAGCACCAUGGCAUACAGACUUAUCAUACCACCAAUCAAAGAGGGAAAAGAAGGAUUCGUGGUGGAGACCUACACCGGGCUCAUCAAAACUGCUAUGCUCUUCCACAAUAUGCGCAGGUCCUACUUCAAGUUUCAAGUCAUUGCAACUGACAACUAUGGGAAGGGACUGAGCGGCAAAGCAGAUGUCCUUGUCUCUGUGGUCAACCAGUUGGAUAUGCAAGUCAUUGUUUCUAAUGUGCCUCCUACUCUAGUGGAAAAGAAGAUAGAAGAUCUGACAGAAAUUUUGGAUCGCUACGUUCAGGAGCAAAUUCCUGGUUCCAAGGUUGUGGUGGAAUCUAUUGGUGCUCGCCGGCAUGGAGACGCCUUUUCUCUAGAAGAUUACACCAAAUGUGACCUGACUGUCUAUGCAAUCGACCCCCAGACCAACAGGGCCAUAGACAGAAAUGAGCUAUUCAAAUUUUUGGAUGGCAAACUGCUGGAUAUCAAUAAAGAUUUUCAGCCAUUUUAUGGGGAAGGAGGACGUAUUCUGGAGAUCCGAACCCCACAAGCAGUGACCAGCAUUAAGAAGCGAGGAGAAAGUCUGGGAUACACGGAAGGGGCCCUGCUGGCUCUGGCCUUCAUCAUUAUCCUCUGCUGUAUUCCUGCCAUCCUGGUGGUCUUGGUUAGCUACCGACAGUUUAAAGUACGCCAGGCCGAGUGCACCAAGACAGCCCGAAUUCAAUCCGCGCUUCCCGCAGCUAAACCUGCAGCGCCCACCGCUGCCCCGGUGGCAAUGCCCCCGCCGCCACCGCCCCCGCCGCCAGGUGCGCACCUCUAUGAAGAACUUGGAGACAGCACGAUGCAUAAUCUUUUCCUUCUCUACCAUUUUCAACAAAGCAGGGGAAAUAACUCAGUCUCAGAAGACAGGCGACCUCAUCAAGUUGGGAUUCCCAUUGUGUCCAAUACUGUGGACGCUCCCAAGCCACCUCACACAACUGGAUCACUUGAGAAUAACCAGCUGGAUUCUACAAGGAAAUUCUCACUUCUAUCUCGUGAGGACAGCUUAAGUACCCAUGAUGUUCUUUACAAGGAACACAUACGCCAAGGAUCGACAAAUUUCAAUAACUUUUCCCUGAGAACAGAGUUUGUAAACCCAUUUCCCCCCAAAACACAGGUCAAGAGUCAGUCUCUGAGGGGUCCUCGAGAAACAUUUAAGAGGAUCUGGAGAGAGCCCAUCAGCUUGCCAAGGAGACUGAUGGGGAAGCUUUCAAAGAGGCCAGAAACCAUAGAUCUAGUGCAGUGGCCUGGAGAUCGAAACACGGGGAUGUACCCAAACAGAAGAGGUAGCAACAGUUCAUCCCUUACAACUGACGACAUAAAUUUGACAGAAAUGCAGCAUGGUGAAACACUGAUUGUGCAAGAAGCCCAGAAGUUAAAAUCUCUACAUUCCACGUCUUCAUUUUCCUCUCCUUGGCCUCACUUGCCAUUCUCCACUUUGCCAACUGUUUCAAAAACUGUGGAACUCCAAUCGGAACCUAAUGUUAUCACUUCUCCUGAUGACCCCUUCAUGGAACUUUCUCCUCUGAGUGCUUUAAAGUCUCCAGACUAUACACCUACUUCUUUGUUGGCUGUCGGGACCAAACGGAACGAUUCUGAAAAUCUUUCCCACCCACGAAACAUCUCUUCCCUUCUAUCCGCCUCUCCUCCUCCACCUGUCCUUACACCUUUCCCUGUUUGUCCUUUCCCUCCACUCUGCCUACCUUUAGCUCCUUCUCCUCUUCGCACACCAAUGCCUCCUCAUCCGAGUCCGCUUCCUUCUGCAGCUCCAGUUCUGUCCGCACAGUGUUCUUGCUUACCACUUGAGUGCACUGCCAGUGUAACACCUGCCAAGGAAAGUGACUCCUCUGUGACACAGCAAAGCACACUGGGUAAUACUGACCCUCAGAAAGAACCAAAGGGGGUUCUGAAACAUAUUAAAAAUUUAGCAGAACUUGAAAAAACAGUAGCUAGAAUGUACAGUCACAUAGAAAGAAACUAUCCUCCCACAAACAUUUCAAAAGGCCUGACAAUUUGCACUUCAGGUAGAGCGCGUGUGGAAAACACCUCAGACCAAAAGCACGAACAUUUGAAUGACACUGUUGAGGGAAGUGAAAAGCAAUCUCACAGCCAAUCUACUUCACUAUAA